AUGGGUUCUACUUCUGACAACCGCUGGGGAGGUCCUCUCUCCCUGAAAGUCAUUGGCCAUAACAUGGGCACGUCCAUGGACGGCGUGGACCUCGUCCACGUGCAUUUCUUGCAGGCCGGGCCGGAAGCGCCCCUCCAGAUGCAGCUGCUGCACUACGGCGAGUACGACAUGCCGCCAGCCGUCAAGCAGCGCGUGUUGCGGCUGAUCCGGGAGAACAAGACGACGCCGGCCGAGCUGGCCAUUGUGAACGUGCAGCUCGGCGACGUGAUUGCCGACGCCGCGGCGCGAUUUGCAAAGGACCAAGGCUUCAGUCUCGCGAGCGACGUUGACCUCAUUGGUGGACAGGGCCAGACCAUCUGGCAUCUGCCUCUGCCGGAGCUGGCCGCCGCCGAGGGCGUUGCCGACGCCGUCCGUGCGCACCUGGACAUGGGCGAGCCGGCUGUGGUGGCCGCCAAGACGGGCGUCACCACGCUCGGCAACUUUCGCGUCUCCGACAUGGCGCUGGGCCGGCAGGGCUGCCCCCUGUUUGCUGCGCUGGACUCGCUCCUGCUGGGCGGCCAUCCGACGCUGAACCGCGCCGUGCAAAACAUUGGCGGCAUUGCCAACUUUUCGGUGCUGCCGCGCGGCGACGUCGAGGGCUGCUAUGAUUUCGAUACGGGCCCUGGAAACGUCUUCAUCGACGCCGCUGUACGCUACUUUACCAAGGGCGCGCAGGAAUACGACCGGGACGGCGCAAUGGGUGCGCGUGGCCGCGUCGACCAGGCGAUUGUCGACCGCGUCUUGCAAGGGCCCUACUUUGUGCACGACAUUCCCAAGACCACCGGCCGCGAGACAUUUGGUGACCGCAUGGCCGAGGACAUAUGUGAUGAGAUGAUGAAGACCGGCGCCACCCCCGACGAUUGCGUCGCAACCAUUACCCGCAUUACCGCCCAGGCACUGGCCGACGCCUACGAGCGUUGGGGCCCGGAAGGCGGUGUCGACGAGAUCUACAUGGGCGGCGGCGGGUCGUACAACCCCAGCAUUGUCAACUAUCUGCGUGAACGGCUGCCAAAUACACGGAUUGCACUCAUCUCCGAGAUCGGUAUCCCGGUCGGCGCCAAAGAGGCGCUUGGAUUCGCUCUGCUCACCCUCGAAUGCGUUAGUCCGACAAGCCAGGAGUCGUUGGACAAAUCCAGCCCGGGCGCAACGCUCAUAGCAUCCGACAACAUGUGGCACAGGUAA